AUUCAGUCUGCUCAACAGCUUCAGGCUCUGCAGGGGCAGUAUCCGGGCAUCAACCAUCACCACAGUCCUCAUCCUCACUACACAGAGGAACCAAGAGAGGAGAGGGUCAUGGCACAUAUGGCUGUCAAUCAUCACCCUCACUACACAGAGGAACCAAGAGAGGAGAGGGUCAUGGCACAUAUGGCUGUCAAUCAUCACCCUCACUACACAGAGGGACCAAGAGAGGAGAGGGUCAUGGCACAUAUGGCUGUCAAUCAUGAGCUCACGGCUCAGCAAGAACCUGCCAACUUAGCGAAAGGUACCCUGCUUCUUCAUUCCCACAGAGAGCUGUAUUCAAUAACAAUAAGGACAGGAUCCUCAAUGUAUUGCUGGCCCGAUGGAUUUAAAGUUGAUUCAUUUGUGGGAGAAGUGUUCUUGAUGCAUUUCCCAAUGGAUUAACAUUGGUGUGAAGGUUAACAGCAAGGUGAUUGGAAGAUCUCUCUCCCUCUUUCAGCUCCAGCGAAAAAGCGAGGGAGAACGGCACAACCGAAGGAACCCAAGGCACCCAAAGAACCCAAGGCCAAACCGGGCCCCAAGCCCAAGAAAGGCAAGGUGGGUCAAGAGGCAGACGGCACGCAGGAGAAGAUGGACGAGACCGUCCAGAAGGUCAGGAAGAAACGGGACCGCUUCAAGGGCAUGACGGAGGAUGAGGUCAUGAGCAGAACUCUGACUGACAUCCUUGACUACAAGCUGGACUAUGUUAUUGUGAGUUCUACCUGUUUGUCGCUUUUAUGCCAGACGUUAUUAUUAAUGAUGUAAGACAGACAAUAGAGCUACCUCGAUUUGUCCAAUAAGAAAUGUUCAUUUGUUUCGAGCUGGAAAACGAUUUUCUGUUUGCGUGGCCUAACGCAGUGUUUCCCAACCCUGGUCCUCGAGUACCCCCAACAGUACACAUUUUUAUUGUAACCCUGGACAAGCACACCUGAUUCAACUAAUCAUCAGUGAGGUGUGUUUGUCAAGGGCUACAAUGAAACUGUGUACUGUUGGGGGUACUGGAGGAGCAGGGUUGGGAAACACUGCCCUAAUGAACACAACACAGUAUUAUGAUGUGAAUCUCUCUCUCUCUGUUCUAGAUUGGAAUCAACCCAGGUCUUGUAGCAGCCUAUGUUGGACGAUGGUUCCCUGGCCCUGGAAACCAUUUCUGUAAGUUGCUUUAGUAGAUAUUUAGUCUUGCGUUCGUAUGUGAACAGCCGUCAGGAACUCUUACUUUGAAAACAUCUUCCUAUUUUUUUUGUCAGCGCUUUCAUUACCUCGACACCGUUUAUGAAUCAACCGAAAUGGCAAAACUUUAAAUUCAAGGCAUCUUAACUGCAGAGCAUUACAAUUUUCACCUACAUUUCAGAAUAAUAAUGGUACGACGAAUGAAUUAAUACUUAACCUCUUCAGGGAAGUGCCUGUUCUUGUCUGGAUUCACUGAUGAGCAACUCAACCACAUGAGCGACACCAGUCUGCCUGCAAAAUAUAAGAUCGGUUUCACCAACAUGGUGGCAAGGACAACGCCUGGAAGCAAAGACCUCUCAACGUAAGCUUAGGAAGAAAGAAAAUAAUGCAAUCCUUAAAGUCAGUCAGCAAUGUGUUGAAAAAUGAGGAGUGAGACAAUGCAAAGUAAAUCUCAAACAGUGGCCACACAGCAAGCUGGAUUCACAUAUCGCUGGAAUACAAUGUUUGACUCGCAUCUUGUGUUUCUUCACAGCAAAGAGCUACGUGAGGGCGCCUUAAUUCUUGUAGAAAAGCUGAAGACCUACAAGCCUCUCAUAGCUGUUUUCAAUGGAAAAUGUAAGUAGCCUCAGAACCCUGUUAGAGAGGAGACAAUGCCAGUUACAAGAACUUUCCAUUGGAAUUCCAUAUUAACCGUUGAAAUGAUGUUUAUUUUCAGGUAUCUAUGAAAUGUUCUGCAGAGAGAUGUUUGGAAAAAAGCCCAAGAAACUUGACUUUGGUCUGCAGCCACACAAGAUACCGGACUGUGAAGUGGUAAGGGCUCUGCUUCCUGUUAGUCUGAUGCAGUGCUCUGUUACCUGGUAGUCUGAUGCGGUGCUCUGUUACCUGGUAGAUUGAUGUGGUGCUCUGUUACCUGGUAGAUUGAUGCGGUGCUCUGUUACCUGGUAGAUUGAUGUGGUGCUCUGCUUCCUGUUAGUCUGAUGCAGUGCUCUGUUACCUGGUAGUCUGAUGUGGUGCUCUGUUACCUGGUAGUCUGAUGUGGUGCUCUGUUACCUGGUAGAUUGAUGUGGUGCUCUGUUACCUGGUAGAUUGAUGUGGUGCUCUGUUACCUGGUAGAUUGAUGCAGUGCUCUGUUACCUGGUAGUCUGAUGCGAUGCUCUGUUACCUGGUAGUCUGAUGCGAUGCUCUGUUACCUGGUAGUCUGAUGCGAUGCUCUGUUACCUGGUAGAUUGAUGCGGUGCUCUGUUACCUGGUAGAUUUAUGUGGUGCUCUGUUACCUGGUAGUCUGAUGCAGUGCUCUGUUACCUGGUAGUCUGAUGCGGUGCUCCAGAUACUAUAUUGUAGGAUGAAUGGAUGACAAAGAAAUGAAGUGUUGAAAGAGAAUGUACUUCCUGGAUAAAUAUUUUUCCACAACUGGUCAAAAAGUCACCCUUUGACUAAACAUUCAAAUCUAACAAAAAUCUCCUAAAUAUAGUCAAUAUUAACCAGUAGCGUAGCCAGAAACUCAUUGGGGGAGUGGCGCUAACUUCUUGCAAUUCUACAAAUUUUUCCAUGGGUCAGAGAGGAACAUGUGCAGUUUUAUAGCUCAUCAUGCUAUUCUACACAUCUUGCCAUGAUGCUGAGAGACAAUUUAGCAUUUUUAAAGCUAAAAUAAAGGUGUGUUGACUGUGAUAAAGGCACUGGAUUAUAAGAUGUCUUGUUUGCUAAAUGAACAAAUGAAAUAGGCUUUGGCAAGGUGCAUAUAGCCAUAGAAGCACAGUGACAUACAGUAUGCCUCAAUGAUGUCAUGUUCGUGGCUUAUUGGGGGUGUGGCUUUCAGUUAGUUAUUUUUGGCCACCCAUCCCAUGAAAGUGAAUGAAUGUCAUUCCAGUGCACUGCUUGCUAUGAAUUCUAUCUGAUGGUGCAUGUUUAGGUAAAAAGACACUGACACGUAGAGCAUAAUAUCGUUAUAUUUUUCUGCUCAAUCUGAUUGGGUGGGCCUGGCGAUAUUAACCCCUUAGAGUUGAUUGAUGCACAGGUGCGUCAUAGCAACAUAAUAAAACAAUCCCCAUCUAAAUCAGUCAGUUUAAACUAGAUAUCUGUUUUUUUUGCUUUGGAUGCGUCUCAAUCCACCACAUCCGCCGAUGUCUCACUUCUGCGGUGAAAGGUGGCAGAGCUAGAGCGGUGUUUGUCAGACCGUGAGACAUCCCAUAAAUCUGUUCUCACGAACGUCAAUUUUCUCAUGAGCGUCCGAACGGUUUGACCUACAAUCAAUUAAAGGCGAGACUCUCACGAACACGAUGGUGUUCUCCGUUUUGCUCUAUGACCCCCACAAGUGUCAUGGGACUUGUCUGAAGGUAACCGGUAGUUUUGUGCCUACCCAACAAAAAAGGUUAAAUAUGUGUAAAAACAAAAAUAUUUCCUUAGCUUUCUUAUAUAGAUAUAGGACAAACACUUCAAAACCUUGUUUCUUAUUAUUUAUUUUUUGACUGUCUUUUUUACCAUUAAUGAAUGUAUUAUUCAAUGCCUUUCUCUAAACUAUAGUAGUAAAGGCCAAAUUCAAUCAAUAUAUAUAUAUACCUACCUACCUAAAGGGGUACUAAAAUUCAAAAUCAAAUAGCUAAAUGAUCCAUAGUAUGACUAUUUUAAAAACAAUUCCUUAGAAAUGACACAGUAUAACCCUGCCCUCUCCCCUACAGGCGUUGUAUCUGAUGCCGUCGUCCAGUGCCCGCUGUGCCCAGUUUCCCCGUGCCCAGGACAAAGUGCACUUCUACAUCAAGCUGAGGGAGUUGAGGGACCAGCUCAGGGGCGUGGCCAGAAAGGACGACAUUCAGGAGUUAGAGUAUACCUUUGACCUGGGACUGGCCAAAGGUAAGAGAACGUGCUGCAGAGUGCUAGAACGAGUAUUCCAAAUCAUUUACAUAAAGUACAUCAUUAACAUAACAUGUACAUUAUUAUGAAACGGUACAAUGACAUUACAUUUGGAAAUGAAAUUAAAAGCCAUCACAGUUCUGCCCUGUCUCAUGACCUUGUUGUUCAUCUGAAUGAGCUGUAUGAGAACAGUCUUGUUCACCAGAUACAUGGUAACCGUUUACAUGGUAACAGUGUACAUGGUAACAGUUUGUUUGUUCCAGAGAAAUAUAUUUAAUUCUGUGUUUUCUCCACCCUACAGAGGACGCCAAGAGGAUGGCGAUCAAAGAGGAGGCGUACGACCCGGGCUACGAGGCGGCCUUCGGCGGAGCGUAUGGCGAGGGUGGGCCAGGGCCUGAGGAGUGCCAGAGCAACGGCAACGGGCACUGUAACUUCUCGUCGGCUGAAAACACAGGUCAGCACAGAGAUGGCUGGAUGCACCAUAGAACUAGGAUAAGCAGUAACUAGUUCAACGGUAUGGACUCCCCACAGCAGAGUUCUCCCCAGGAUCUUUUAACAAGGUCACCAUUCUUGAUACACACCCAUGCUGAGUACGAGGACCAGAGGGGGGCAGUGACCCUCUUUUAACUCAGCAAAACAAAUGGCCUGAUAUGAAAGUAUAAAGUAAUGCUUCUGUUCCAUUCUUUGGGGAGAACCCUGCCACAGGACACUAGUCUUAAAAGCGGUAGUUAACCCAAAUUACAAAAGUAUUUAAACAUCCUCACCUUGAAAUGAGUCUAGAUGCCAUGAGGUAGGUGCCCUGAAUGUCUCCUCCCUAGACACUGUUGUAGAUACUUACACCUAUCUGUGUUGGAGAGGUGUACGUAAUAUGGCUGAUAUUCUAUACAGCCUAUCAGAAGGCAAGUGUGAAGUGCCAUAUUGUGCAUUCUUAUCCAAUAUGUACAGGAGUGGCUAGGGCAGGGUUCUUCAAUUCCGGUCCUGGAGGGCCGAAACACUUCUGUUUUUUAUUUCUACCUGGUAGUUAUUUGCACUCACCUGGUGUCCCAGGUCUGAAUUAGCCCCUGAUUAGAAGGAGAGGAUGAAAAACAGAGGUGUAUCGGCCCUCCAGGACCGGAAUUGAAGAACCCUGGGCUAGGGGUUGAUGUGGAAUGCAGGGAUAGUAUUACUAUACACGAUCACAUUGCAGAUGGCCAAAAUAAACGAGACUGAAUAGUGUUUCGAAACCAACUAGCGUAUAGAAUAUUUUGACUCUCGCUAUGUCUAGGGUUCCGAGCUAACUAACUGGGCCACAACCUUAUAUUAAUGAGUAAUUAAUAUACCGUCAGUAUGUCUAAAUACCCUGGUAUACAGUAUAUCGCCCAAGCCUAUUAGAGUAUGAGGAUUGCUGUUGACUAAUGUACCUAGGAGACCCAGACUACAGAUGAAAAUGAGCUAUCCAGCUAACUCUGGUGCAAUUACAUGUUGUACAUGGUCCCUGACAAAUAAACAAUAAAUACCAGGGUCCAGGGAGAACCGUAGUCAGCCAGCCCAAGCAGGUCAUAGAAGCUCAAUUGUGACAACAAAUGAUGUAUACAAAACAAGUAGAAGGCCAAAAUGAAAGAUUCAAACAAAGUCGUCCUGAGUCCACCUCUCACUCUGCAAUCACCUGCUAAUCACCCGCACCUGUGAACAAUCACUAACUUAUCAUGCCUUGCUGGCACUAUCAGCACCUAGCCCGGUUGCUGCUGCCCCCUAAGCAUGAUAUGUAGUGGAAGGGUUUAGCUAUGGCCUAAAACACCUACCUAUUCCUAACAAUGGCCUCUAAGGUAGCAUGGUCCAAUCCCCUCACCUCAGUGUUUAUUUUAUUUUCAUUUCAGACGCUGCCGACAAGGCAGACACUUCCCAACCUCCUGCCGCCGCCGCCACCACCACAGAGGGACAACUCCCGGACGGACAGUGGAUGAUGCAGUCCUUUGCUGAUCAGAUUCCAGACAUUGGUGGCUCUAAAGAGCCUCAGGCAUGGGUGGGCAAUGUAUGAGGAAGGGGAUAGGGUUCGUUGGGAGCCCUAUCUGGACGUGCACAGACCUCAACCCACACAUCCUUAACAAGAGGCUGCACCUCAGUUUGAAGACUCAAAUUGUAGCCUUUUCAUUUUUUUUGUAUUAGCCAUUUAGAGAUAUACAUGUUUAACUACUUGAUAGAUGGAAUUGUCUAAAUUGAUAAUUUUGAGGAUUUGUGGAAUAUUAGCUUUUUUAAAUCCUGUUUUGUCAUACCAUGUGUGAUUGCCCUCAAGGCGGUCUUUUAAAUAUGUGAAAUCAGGGACUUGACAAUGAUGCUUGAUGCCUUUGGUUCUUUUGUUGUCAUACUGUACUUGGCCACAGGCUGGUGUAGUAGGUGUAUGCAAAGCAGGAUACUGUUCUGACAGUACAAAUUGCCCUAAAUCAGACUUUUACACACUGGUUGAACAGUCAGUCCCAAAUUAACCUGUGGCAAAACACAUAUAUACAGUAUGCUACUGGAAGUCAUGCAUUGUGAAAUUUAGGAUUAGCUAGUAUUCUAGUUUGAUAAAUGCUGUGCCUUUUUUGAGGAGAACAGGUACUGAGUGAUAUGUGAACAAACUAAACAUGGUCAAAAAGUGAUUCCACGGAGGGAUGUUUUGGAAAUGUCUUCACAAGCCUUUUAUAGUGGAUUUACAAUACUGAAGAUAAGUGCUGUUCUCUUGUUGCUUUAUGAGGUAUGUUAUGUUUAGUAUGUUUCUGAACAUUUUCUUCAUUAAAGCUAAAAUCCUUAGUUGCUACAUACAUUUUUGGACU